GGCACGCAGUCUCAGCUUCACUUAUCCCAGGACCAAGAGACUCUCUGUCUAUGUUUUUAGUACACUCAUGUCUUCAUCUGUACAUGCUGGCAGUAUGGCUCAAAUCUGGGGUGCAGUGUUUCUCACCCUGACUUUUACAAUCCAAGGCACACUGCCCCAAAGGAUCAUUGGGGGCCAAGAAGUUGUGCCUCACUCCAUCAAGUUCCAGGCCUCUCUUCAGUAUGACAGACAGCACUACUGUGGAGGAACUCUCAUCAGCCAACAGUGGGUGGUGUCUGCUGCCCACUGCUGGAGACCGAGCACUGUCAUUCAGGUGGUUUUGAGUGAGCACAACCUGGCUGUCGAGGACGGGUAUGAACAAGUGUACAACGUGUCCAGAAUCAUACUCAAUCCUACCUACAACCCUAAAACGUACAAUGGUGACAUCAUGCUCCUCAAGCUGAGUCGUCCAGUCUUAUUGAAUGCUUACGUGCAGCCAGCUCCUCUCCCGGACCCAGACGCAGCUCCUCUGGACCCCAGCACCACCUGCACUGUGUCUGGCUGGGGGGUCACUCGCAUCUACAGCUUCUACCUGUCACCAGUGCUGCGCGCCGUGGAUGUGGACUUCAUUCCCAACUGCCAGGUGUACUAUAGCGCGAGGGUCAAUGACAACAUGAUCUGUGCAGGCUCUCGCUUUGGUGGCAAAGACUCCUGCCAGGGUGACUCAGGCGGACCCCUGACAUGCAAUGGCAAUCUGGAAGGCAUUGUGUCUUGGGGAAUAGGAUGUGCCAAUCCCUACUACCCGGGCGUCUACACCAGAGUGAGGAGCUAUGCCAAGUGGAUCAGUGGAUACAUCUUUAAUGACCCCUAACCUUGAGAAAAGAAGUGAAGGAAUGGGGGAUAGUUUAUCCUAAUUGGCCUAUCCAUGCUCUGCCCAAAUGCGUGUUUUAUCAUAGAUAGUGUUGCCAGGUCAGACAAGCUUUACAGAAUGCAGGCAAAAAUUCCAUUUAACACAGUGAGAAACUGUAGCACGCAACUCAAUUUUUGUUAAAACGUCCAAAAUGUCUGUAUAAUUUAAUCAUUAAGAUGUAAACAAAGUCAUUCAGACUGUUUCUCUGUUCUAGAGAGAAAAAACAAAGGAGUCAGAAUUGCUGGUGGAUCCCUUGAAUAACAACAUUGUUAUUGCUAACAAUCUGGUUGCUACAUGCCAGAUAUCACUGCUGCAAAAGCACGCUUUGUAAACAGAGGUAGUUCAAUUGCUUUGACAGAAGUAACGCAGUUUGAGCAGUUGCUGUUGGCAUUGACGUUUCAUGAAAGAGCAUAUGCAUGUGUGUAGAAAUAGCAUGUGUGUAGAAAUCUUUCUAAGCUGGCUGCAAAAAAUUCAUGAUUCAUAGGCUGUAGAGGCUUUUAGGAGAAAAACCAUCCACAGGACAAAACUUUUGAACAUUUUUGUUUACCACAAAAUGCAUUUAUUUUUGCCAUAAAGGAAACCGGCUUAGAACUGGACUUGCUAAUGUGAACAUGACAUCAAGUACCAAGUGACGACAGGACUUCAGAGGCCUAGAAUGACUAAGAACAAACGCGUUUGUGGGCGGAGCAUGGACUAGUGAAUUGAGACUGAUAGGUAGAUUUUAUGGGGACCAAAAAGAAGUUUAUAUGAAAUAUUUGCUAAUAUUCUUUUGAAAACAUUUUAAAUGUUAAAGAUUCUCUUCCUAAAGCCAUCAAUUUGUAGAGAAAACUUUGAUGCAUAACCACUUGUUUAAUCCACUGAAAGGCUCAUAUUUUUCAUUUUAGUUUCUCCCAUCUGGCCUUUUUUUUUUUUUUACAUUUGUAUGAUUUCCUCAAAUAUAGUCUUAAUAAAUUCUUACAUGACUAUCUUUCAAUCUCUCUUUAUCAAUUAGAACUCAACAGGCUGUUACUGUGCCUUUAAGAUACAUGUAAUUGAGCUCUGUUCUGAUUGGCUGCCCUGCACUGUGCCUUAUUAAAACUACUAAGUCUGAGCUGAA